AUGAAGCUUCAGACAGGUGACGAUGCUACAAUAAAAGCAUUGGGUCUACAUUGGGAUUCAAAGAAUGAUUCCAUCGUGUAUACAGUUCAUCCAAUCCCGCUUAUCAAAAAGGUCACCAAACGAAUAGUCUCAUCGGAUCUCACAAAAAUGUUUGAUCCCUUGGGACUCGUUGGACCCGUUAUCAUGAAGGGGAAACUGAUCAUGCAACAAUUAUGGAAGGAGAAACUGGGCUGGGAUGAUCCAGUCCCUAUCUCCAUAAACACAGAGUGGAAAGCAUAUUUAGAACAACUCCCACUCCUCAACAACACACAGUUCAGAAGAAAAACGAUUCUCGCCAAUGCUACAGAGAUUCAAUUGCAUGGGUUUUGUGACGCCAGUGACAAGGGGUAUGAAGCGUACGGCUACCUGAGGACGCCCUACACAAACGAGACUCAGACGUACCUGCUCUGUGCGAAAUCGAGGGUCGCCCCAAUAAAUAAAGAGGCGACUAUCCCAAGACUCGAAUUGCGCUUUACCUUAUUGCUUGCUGAACUCAUCGACACAAUUAAAAAUACGAUCACCCAAAGAAUAGAUCAAUGGCGACACGUGAGAACCGACGACAACCCAGCCGAUGACAUUUCAAAAGGAUGUACGCCAGAGGAAUUUACGGAUGACAUCAAGUGGAAGCAAGGACCUAUGUGGCUCAACACACCUGAAAAACAAUGGCCAGAAUCGAAACUCACAGUUCCAGCAGAAGUACCAGAGAUACGGAAGGAAGAAUGCUUCAGUGAAGAUCUUAAAAUAUUAAGACGAGGAAAUGAAUUACCUCCCAAAGACAGAUGGCUAGCAAUAAGUCAAUAUCUAGAUGCAAAGGGCUUAAUACGAGUAGGAGAACUUGUUAGAGUGAAGACGCAAGCUACUGAUUACUAUCUCGAUGAACUAAGAGAGGGGACAAAUAUACUUAAGCGCGUAGCUCGCACUGGUGUCGUCAGGGAGAAAGAAAUCUGA